CGCGGAACGGAGCGGGGGCGGGGCGGCGCCGUCUGGCUCGGUCGGGCCCGGGCGGGAGCGCGGCGUGGGACAGUAGGGCUCGCGGGCUGCGGACGGCGGCUUAGGUGGCCGGCAGAGCACUUAGGAUUGCACGGAUUUUUGCUGAACUUGUAAAGGAGGCACUUGGGAUGAUGGAUUAAUAACAACAGCAUUGAAAUUCUAUGGAAAGUUUCAAAUUGGAGCAUUCAAGUUGAAUUUUCACCCUAGUCCAGCAGCUCUGCUGCUCACUUAAAUGCAGAUGAAUGAAGACCCCAUUCGGGAAGACACCUGGCCAGCGGUCCAGAGCUGAUGCAGGCCAUGCUGGUGUGUCUGCAAGCAUGAUGAAGAAACGGACAUCCCACAAAAAACAUCGGAGCAGUGUGGGGCCGAGCAAACCUGUUUCCCAGCCCCGGAGGAACAUCGUAGGCUGCAGGAUUCAGCAUGGGUGGAAAGAGGGGAAUGGCCCUGUCACCCAGUGGAAAGGAACCGUUCUGGACCAGGUGCCUGUAAACCCUUCUUUGUAUCUUAUAAAAUACGAUGGAUUUGACUGUGUUUAUGGACUAGAACUUAAUAAGGAUGAAAGAGUCUCUGCGCUUGAAGUCCUCCCUGACAGAGUUGCAACGUCUCGAAUCAGUGAUGCACACCUAGCCGACACAAUGAUUGGCAAAGCAGUGGAGCACAUGUUUGAAACCGAGGAUGGCUCUAAAGACGAAUGGCGGGGGAUGGUCUUAGCACGCGCCCCUAUAAUGAACACGUGGUUUUACAUCACCUACGAGAAAGAUCCUGUCUUGUACAUGUACCAGCUCUUAGAUGAUUAUAAAGAAGGCGACCUUCGCAUUAUGCCGGAUUCUAACGAUUCACCUCCAGCAGAAAGGGAGCCAGGAGAAGUUGUGGACAGCCUGGUAGGCAAGCAAGUGGAAUAUGCCAAAGAGGACGGCUCCAAGAGGACUGGCAUGGUCAUUCACCAAGUAGAGGCCAAACCGUCUGUCUAUUUUAUCAAGUUUGAUGAUGACUUCCACAUUUAUGUCUACGAUUUGGUGAAAACGUCUUAGAUGUCACCAUGAACUUUGCCAAACUUGUGGAACUAUUAAAUGUAUAAUUUGUAGACAUAAAGACUUGAUUGCUUUCCAGUUUAAUGAAAGCUUAAAUGUCCCUGCGAACCCACAAUCUCUGCCAGCAGAACUGGUUUUGUUCUGAACAGUACAGAUUUAUGUGAACACAAAGCAUUUUGUGUAAGGAACUCCUUCCUCUUCAAGGAAGUCUGUCUGUUUGGAAGGGAGUUACAGGCAAGUCUGGUAAAAGUUAAGCUAGUGUCAUAGUCAUUUAAACCUGUAACAGAUCUCACCCACUCUCCCCUCACUCUUAACUCUUAUUCUGCUGCCACAAUGCAAGCAUAGUUUGGUAUUUUUGUUAAUUGCCUUUUUUGAAUAUAUGUAUCUAUAUCUACCUACCUAUCUAUAUCUGUGUGUAUACAUAUAUAAUAUAAAUAUAUAUAUACACAUACACAUAGAUCUGUGUACACACACACACACACACACACACUUCAUCGGCAGUCCUUUCUUUGUGGUUUGGGGUGGGGAUUAAAUAAUUUUCUCCAGUUUAACAGGAGUACUUGACCCAGGUCAUUCAUAUUUAGUAUAUUACUGCUGUUUAUUUAAAAUUGGGCACAGGAAGCACAUAGGGACAUCCAGCUCAUCUUGGAAGUCAGAAGUUCGGAGCACCAUUUGAAUCUGGAGGCUUUGAACCAUAAGUCCUUAUGAACGGUUAAUGACCCAUACUAGAAUUUUAGAAAACAGUUAGGAAUCUGGGUAAAAGGCUGCCUUUAAUUCUAAGUUUUUUACAUUUUUUGUUUACAUUUUUUUAUUAUAAAUACUUUUUUUUUUUUUUUUAAGAAAAGCCCAGGAACUUGGUCCACAUAGUGUAAUGCAGGCGUAUUUUGGACAGCACAUUUGGUCCAUCAUUUGUACAAAUUAGUAAUCUGGGUUUUAGUACACGGAUUUAAAAGGCACCAGUACGUCAGUGGUUUAUGUGUACUUGGUAAGUUCCUGGAAGGGCACAGUGCUUCUAUAUUAGAAAUGUAAGUUUGAGAACGGUGUUACUGUCUCCUAACAAGUUCUCUGGGGCACCUUUAUUUUUAUUACUAUUAUUGUUGAUACAUGAUUAUGAUCAGAAGGCUUUUUCCCCUCGACUUUUUCCCGCAAAGACUGUCUAGACAAGUAACAGCUUGCAUCUCAUGACACCUUCCGUGGUGCUGCGUGUUCCUGCCCGUGGUCUGCUGUUGAUGGGGGUUCAUUCCAUUUGGUGGGUCCUGCCACAUCAGGGUCAGCCACCUGCGCUGGCUUGCAGGUGUGACUAACAACAGCCCUUAGCCAUAGAGUUCUUUCCUGCUUUACUCCUGCAAGAUUGUUCUAACCAAAAUACUGCAAAACGUGGUUUGUUUCGUGGCAAAGUGUCCGUCUGUCACUUUGAGUAAGCCCUGGCAUCUUGGAAGCUAGGAGAAAGGCAGUGUGUGAGAUCAGUUUUGUGGAGAUUGAAAAUCUUACUUAGAACUUUGGCAGAAAGCUCAGUGCAUUCACUGUCAAACAGCAGAGUUCUGUGUGUCCUCCAUGGCUGUUCGUGCUGUUAGAGGUUCUGCAGUUUCAGGGCCACGCAGUGCGUGGUUCGCGUGCUGCCUGUUGUCGCCUGCAGGAAGGCUGUGCCUUGUGCUGGGGUUCAGGAACCUUGCGCACCAUGUAAAUCCAGCACCCCCGUUCUGUGCAGUGUGCCCAGUGCCUCACUGAGGGCAGCCAGAGGCCAGCUUCUCCAUUCAGUGAGUACCCAAGUCUUAGAUGUUUCUCCUGUGCUUGAAACAAGUGUUGCCUGUCACCUGUUCUCCUGGUGGCUCUGGUAAGAGUCCCUGCAUAUGAAUCUCAAGGCCGAGCCCAGCUCCCCAAGCCCAAGUGGCCACGUGUGGCCCAGAGAGUGAGUGUACCCAGUGUGCACUGCGUGAACAGGGAGGGCCCAGUGACUUCAGACUAAAAACAAAGUCAUUUGGAGGUACCCUGAGGGUUGGGUCAGCUGAAACAUUUCUCGCAUUGAUGACUUGCAUUGUGGUUUUUCUGCAAGUACCUUUAGCAACUUUGAAUUCCACAUGAUCUGCCACUCCAGGUGAAUGUGACAUUUGAUGACUGUUAUCAUUAUUUUGAUCAUUGUUGCAUUUAUUGCCUUUAGGGUUGAAGGAAGGGGAAGGGGUUUUUGUUGUUUUUCCAUUUUUUUCCCAUUGUUUUUUCUUUUGGUGGCUUCAACCACACUUCCUAACGCCGUGACUAACUGCUCCCUAGCCGAGUACUUCAGGCUGCGUUUAGGCUCAUGUUGCAGAUCUGCAUGCGUUGCUUGCGUUUUCCUGGUAUCUGAAUGUUGGUUCCUUGUUCUAGGAAUACAACAUCAAUUUCCAAAAUUACCAUGGGACUUGUGACAACACAAGACAUGAAUCUGUGUAUAAAAUAUAUUGGCCUUUCUCAUUGACCUGCUAUAGUAUUACCGUGUCGUGUGUGUGCGUGUGUGAAGUCCGGCUGCCAUGUAAAGCUUCAAAGGAAAACUAAAAGCAGACCAUCCUUUUUUGCAUGCCCUAUUCUAAGUAGAGUGUUCAGUGUAACUAACUAAAACUGCAUGUUAAAUAUAUUUAGGUUUUUUGUUUUCUAUCUUUGUUUUUUAUUUGUUUUCAGUUUCUGUAUAUUUGCUUACUGUGCUGUUUUAGUGGUUGUAGGAUAAAAAUGCACUGGUGAAGCAAAUGUAGUGCCAACAGAAGGUGAUUUUUCCAGUUGUAUAUGUCAUGCAGCAUUUGAAGGGACUGUGCGUUCUUGAAACAAUCGCAGUUGCUUCUAAACCAGAUUUCAUUUCUGUUGUUUUAUGUGCCAAACCCCGAAGUGCAUUGGGCUCGACUCUCUGAACGCUGCGGACCCAUUAGAAGACUGUUUUUGAUUGUCACAAAUUGUAGUGCCUGAAAACAUUCUUCAGCUGAUUGUCUUAAAAAAAAAAAGAAAGAAAGUUCUCCAAAGACAAAACAGGAACAAUUAUUAUAACAGAAAAUAAUUACAGUCAAAAUGUCUGUGGUUCCUUGGAAAUGCUGCGCUCUCUGUAUUCUCCAUCAUUAGUGCAGUUCGAACGAAUGUGUAUAGUUCAGAGGUCUUCGUGUUUGCAUUUUAAAAUUAGGUAAAUGACCUCAUCUUUCAAGCUUGAAUUCAUUUUUAAUUUUAAUUUUAUUUUAUACAAUGUGUAGACAGUUCCCUGUUCUCUGCAUUUAGAAGUAUAAACAAUAUAAAUCUGUUAAUUCUGUAAGUAAUUUUUAUAAUUAUGAUGUAACUCUAUCCUAUCCUUAAAACAUUUAAAAUAAACCCUUUAUGUGCAA